AUGCAGGUGGUUGGCUGUGGUGCGGCGGAGGCACCUCAUUGCGCAAACCCCAUCAUUACAGCGCCUGUCUCGCAAUACCAGUGGUACAUAUCGACAUACUUACGCAAUGCCUUCAGCUUUUAG